AUUCUCGUCAGUGGCUUCCAUUGGGCCCAAAAGAAAUGGUUCCCACACGUUUUUAGUGUCGUCAGGCACUGUGCUGAGCAGGACCUCCCCGCGGGAAACGAUGACGGUGCCCCUCCACUCCCUGCGAUCACCUGUCUUCUCUCCGUUCGGUCACUGUGUCACCCCAAAAUGACCAGCAGCCAACACUGUGAAGUGGCACUUCCGAUGGUGGUGACCAGCCAUGGCGGCCGAUGAUAAAGUGGCCAUCCUCACGGAUGACGAGGAGGAGCAGAAGCGGAAGUACGUGCUCGCUGAUCCUUUCAAUGGCAUUUCCAGGGAGCAGGAGCCGCCGCCUCACGAGACCCCCUCGUCCACAGCCACGGAGGCCGCCCCCGAGGAGGAGGUGGACUGGAUCGAGAGACACUGCGUGAAGAUCAACAACGACCUGCUCAUCUCCAAGGUCUUCUACUUCUUCUUCUACGCCGCGUACGGCUCUCUGUACCCGCUGCUGCCCGUGUACUAUAAGCAGCUGGGGAUGUCCCCCAGCCAGAGCGGGCUGCUGGUGGGCAUCCGCUACUUCAUUGAAUUCUGCAGCGCCCCCUUUUGGGGCGUGGUUGCGGAUCGCUUUAAAAAGGGCAAAAUCGUCCUCCUCUUUUCCCUUCUGUGCUGGGUUUUAUUCAACCUGGGCAUCGGCUUUGUCAAACCCGCGACCUUGAGGUGUGUACCAAAGACUCCCCCAACGGCCCGCCCCGCCAACGCGAGUCACCUGCUAACCCUCCUGCCAGCGAAUUCCUCCUUCCUCUCUUCCCCGACGCCGCCACCGCCACCGAGGCCGCGGGAGAGGAGAGGCCUGCUCCUUGCCAGUGGGCCCACGGCGGCCGGAGACACCGGGCCCAACGUCACGGAGCCUCUCACCUUCCCAACAGCCGUCGACAGGACCAGCGCGCGCACGCUGCCGCUGCCGACCGAGGACGCGACAGACCUCAGCAAGGACCUGACCUUGAUCCCAAGCACGGCAGCCCCUGCCCCCCCGGGGAUUGUCACCAGAGAGCCCACCACUACCAUCGUCACUACCACCAGGGCUUUACCUUCUGACCAGGUCACUCUGGUUUACGACCAACAAGAAGUGGAAGCCAUCUUCCUGGUGAUCCUGGUGGUGGUCAUCAUCGGAGAGUUCUUCAGUGCCUCUUCUGUCACCAUUGUGGACACGGUGACGCUCCAGUACCUGGGCAAACACAGGGACCGCUAUGGGCUGCAGCGCAUGUGGGGCUCCCUGGGCUGGGGCCUGGCCAUGCUGUCCGUGGGCAUCGGGAUCGACUACACCCACAUCGAGGUGCUCGUCCACGGGAAGGGGUGCCGGCCCCCCGAGUACCGCAACUACCAGAUCGUCUUCAUCGUCUUCGGGGUCCUCAUGACCAUGGCCUUGAUCGUGGCCACUCAGUUCCGCUUCCGCUACAACCACUUCAAAAGUGACGAGGGUCGAGGCAAGGAGGUGGAGAUUGCCCCGGUGGAGAGAGGCAGCCCCACCGAGUCCGCCGAGGAGGUGCCCGCCGCGGGCCACGCGCAGGCCGCCAGCUUCUGGGACCUCAUCCGCCUGCUGUGCAGCGUGCAGUACGGCUCCGUGCUCUUCGUGGCCUGGUUCAUGGGCUUUGGCUACGGCUUCGUGUUCACCUUCCUCUACUGGCACCUGGAGGACCUGAACGGGACCACCACCCUCUUCGGGGUGUGCUCCGUGCUGAGCCACGUGUCCGAGCUGACGGCUUAUUUUUUCAGUCACAAGCUCAUUGAGUUGAUCGGCCACAUCAGAAAGAAACGAAAGGAAGGAAGGAGGGAGCCUCACUGGAUUAUCUAAAACCAACAAGCAGAACCUGCUGUGUGCUCUCAGCAAGGAGCCUGGGAGUGAGUGCUCCGAGGCGCGGGAGCACCAGCUGUGGGAGCACCAGCUGCAGGAGCGUGUCACCCUGGGCCUCCGGGGCCCACCCAUCGCGGGCACUAGCGGAGGGGGCGGAAGGGGAUGAAGAGGGUUCUGUUUUCUCAGCCUUCGGUGAUUCUUGGCCACUUGCUGACACACAGACCUCGACCUCCUGGGGUACAGAUGUCUGCUCCGUUCAGUGGGCUGUGGUGUGGCCCCCACAACCCCCACUUCCUGCGAGUUCGUGGAGGAAAACGCUUUUAUCAGUUUCCUGAUUAUGACACGAGUUUCUGUGUUUUUAUCUGCCAUGAACACAUGGGGCAUUUACACAUCCUCCUCCUCCCCCCUAAAUGCUCCAUGGAACCCUUUUAGCUGAAAAAACGAAAUGCCUGGCUCUCCUCUGUGUGGUGUUUCUCCCCCUGGUGUGUCGGUGUGGAGUGGGUGGGGCAGCGCCUGGCUCUCUGAGUCCUGCUUCGUCACUGGCUCUGCAAGGAGCAGCCAGCUCCCCGCCAGGCGCUCUGACCUCACAGGCAAGUCUGGCACGGCUGCUCCUAACGUUGGGAGUUGCCGUAACAGAUAAGGCCACUGUGUGCGUCCGCGUGUACAGGGCAGUCUCUGCACCUGCUGUUCCUGUGAGAAAUCGGGAAGGAGAAACAGACACGGACAAGACUUGAGAAACCCUGAUCUCUCUCUUCAUGUCCCUUUUACUCACUGACGAGAAUAUGUUAUCAUUUAAAGUUUCAACCUCGAACCAUUCUUUUCCCCAAACAACUGUACUUUUUUUUUUCUCCCAU